AUGGGGGCCUGGAGGAGUAGCCGGGAUGCGAGUUGUAUGUGGUCUAUGACAGCAAAUUGCAUUAGAGAGGCGGCGAGAGAGGUGUUAGGGGUCUCAAAGGGUUUUUCUGGUGGCCAUAAAGGGGACUGGUGGUGGAACGAAGAGGUUCAGAGGAAAAUGGAAGCCAAGAAAGCGGCAUAUUUGAAGCUCGUAGAGAGUAUUGAUGAGGGGCAGAAGAGUGCUAAUAGGGAGGGGUAUAAGAAGGCCAGGAAGGAGGCGAAGUUGGCGGUUACUGCGGCUAAGACCGCUGCGUUUAGUCGUCUAUAUGAAGAAAUUGGGGAUAAAGGCGGGGACAGGAAGUUGUACAGACUGGCGAAGGUGAGGGAGCGGAAGGCCCGGGAUCUUGACCAAGUGAGAUGCAUAAAAGAUGAGGAGGGAAGAGUUUUAUUGGAGGGGGCUCAGAUCAGGCAGAGAUGGCAGGCUUACUUUCAUAGGCUCUUGAAUGAAGAGUGA